AGAACAAGUACAUGUACCUCUUCAGACCCCGACGGCGCGGCCGGUGGGAUCGUGAUCAGGCGGCGGAAGAACCGAGCCUGGCACUCAUCUACCAGAACCCGGUAGCCGGUGUCCGCGGAAAUCCCUUAAAUAGGACCGCUGAACUCGGGUCUCCUCUUGUCUUCUACCGCGUACAUACCUUAACACAUGUGCCUCGUCAGAUCGCUCUACGGCUACGUACCAUCUCCCUCUACGGCUUCCCAUCUGCCUUGCAAGAUCAGCAAUUAUUGACCAGCUUGUCAUCUCUUCUCGGCACUCGCUAGCUCGUCUUGCCCCAAUCCCACAGUGUGGGCGUUGCCACAUUCUGCUGAGGGGGGAGGAGGCAACAACCCUUAUUCUGUCACUAAACUCGAAACCCAUCGUCACAGACACGGGGUCAUUCACAAACGCUGCCACACAGCCAUCACCGGCCACUCGAGCCUCGAAAACAUCAGGUGCGAUGGGUGUGACAAGAACAGUCUGUGUUGCUGGGAGCGGGCCGCAACCCGUCAAGGGCCAGAAAGUCACAAUCGCAUACACCGGCUGGUUGAAAGACACGGCCCAGCCAGAUAAUAAGGGUCGAGAAUUCGACUCAUCCAUCGGCAGGGACGACUUUGUGACCGAGAUCGGUGUUGGGAGACUUAUCAAGGGCUGGGAUGAAGCAGUCCUUGAGAUGAGGGUUGGCGAGCAGGCUACACUUGACAUCACUAGGUGAGCAGGCUGGCCCUAGUUAAACCAUAACGGUCCACUAAUUUUUUAUUCGCC